UGUCCGUAUUAUUAUUAUUUGCGAUAAACAUUAUUUUUUUCAUCAAAUAACUUUCCCAAAAUCUCCUCCUCCAUCGCGCUGAACCGGUUUUCCAUCUCAAAUCCCCGGGAAUUGGAUUGUUUCCCUGUCGGGGAGAAUCAUCAUCAUCAUCAUCAUCAUCGGCCUCUCUUUACUUCUCUCCGCCUCUCGUAACCGUCGCUAUCUUCACCGCCACCGAUCUCAUUUCUCCUUCCUUCCAAUCGAACCUCCGUGCGAUGCGGUGAUCUAACGAUUGGACUCGGGCAGCCUUAUGUGUUAGGGCUUUUCCACGCAUCUUGUUGUGGGACACUGUCUUCCGGAUCAUCCUCCGUUUCCAAAUGGCGGCGCCGAGGCCGACGGGGAGCCAGGAUCUGUUCGAUACGUAUUUCAGGAGAGCAGAUUUGGACGGAGAUGGUCGUAUCAGUGGUGCUGAGGCUGUCGCUUUCUUCCAAGGCUCCAAUUUGCCUAAGAACGUCCUUGCUCAGGUAUGGUCCUACGCGGAUGCAAAAAAGGCUGGUUACCUUGGUCGAGCGGAGUUCUACAGUGCUUUAAAGUUGGUAACUGUGGCACAAAGUAGACGGGAAUUGACGCCUGAGAUAGUGAAGGCUGCAAUUUAUAGUCCUGCUUCAGCUAAUAUCCCUGCUCCCAAGAUAAAUCUUGCUGCAACACCCUCUCCCCAGCCCAGGGGAGUUGUGCCUGCUACACAAGCUCAGGGAGCUACAUCGAUGCCAUCAUCAGUAGCGGCUGGUGUGAGAGGAGGCCAAAUGGGCGGAACCGUAAGCACUAGUAAUCAACAAGUAGUCCCGGGCCAGCAGAAUCAAUUUAAUGGCCCACGUCUGGCUCAACCACCGCAAAACUUUCAAAGCCAGGGUAUGCCAGCUGGUGCGCCUCGUACUGCACCUAAUUCAGUUACCAACCAUAUACCAACACCGCAUAUGACAACUGCAGUAAUAAGCUCUACAACAGCUAGACCUCAAGAAUCAGCGCCUGUGCACAAGCCCCAAGAUUCAUCUGCUCCUUCAGGUGCUCGUGCUCUAGAUGCGACAUCCAAUCAAUUGGUAGGCAAGGAUCCCAAGGAACUGGCGGCAUCAGGAAACGGUUUUGCCUCUGACUCACUUUUCGGAGAUGUGUUUGCAGUUGCUUCCACGGAGCCAAAACAACUUACUACUGGAACUACGUCGACAGUGGCCAUCUCAUCUGUUUCUUCUGAAACUGUUGUGGCUCCUGGGGUUGCACAGUCUGUAGUUAGGACAAGUUCAAUUCCGCAACAUGGCUCUUUGGGACAGCAUCCUGUUGGGGUUCAGAAUCAGCUUGCUGGACAAAUAAGCCAGCCAUUUGCUCCCUCCGGUGCAGCUUCUGGUACAACUGGCUCUACUGUUGGAGUUGGAAUGUCAGCUUCUAGUCAGAUGACCCAGCGUCAGUCUCAGCCCCGACCCCAAUACCAACCCCAGCCUCAACACCAACCUCAUUCCCAGCCUCACCACCAACCUCACCAUCAACCUCACCACCAACCUCAGCCCCUAACUCACCACCAACCCCACCACCAGCCCCGACCUCGACCCCAACACCAACCCCACUCCCACUCACAAGCCCCUUGGCCAAAAAUGACUCCAGCUGAUGUCCAGAAAUAUACCAAGGUUUUUGUGCAAGUUGACACUGAUAGGGACGGAAAGAUUACCGGGAACCAGGCUCGCAAUCUGUUCUUCAGUUGGAGGCUCCCGCAAGAGGCUUUGAAGCAGGUUUGGUAUUUAUCCGAUCAAGAUAAUGAUAGCAUGCUCUCGCUAAGGGAAUUUUGUAUUGCUGUCUAUCUAAUGGAGCGUUAUAGAGAGGGCCGACCUCUUCCCCCAGUGUUCCCAAGCACCAUAAUAUCUAGUGAGAGCAUGUUUACCUCUCCUGGUCAAUCUGUGGCACCACAUGGCAAUGCGUCCUGGGGACAUCCACAUGGUGUCCAACAUCAUCAACAUCAUGGGGGUUCGAGGCCACCAGCUAUUCCCAAAGGAAAGCCUCCGAGACCGGUUCCUCUCUCACCUAGUGAUGGAAUGGUCCAGCCCACUCAGCCAAAGCGUAAGAUGCCGGAGCUGGAAAAAUAUCUGGUGGAUCAACUUAGUAAAGAGGAGCAGGAUUCACUCAACUCGAAGUUUGAAGAAGCAACUGCCAUUGAUAAAAAGGUGGAUGAACUUGAAAAAGAAAUAGCUGAUUCCAAGCAAAAAAUCGAGUUCUUCCAUGCUAAGAUGCAGGAACUUGUUUUAUAUAAGAGCAGAUGUGACAACAGGUACAAUGAAAUUACGGAGAGAGUCUCGGGUGAUAAACGUGAGCUUGAAUCUCUAGCAAAGAAAUAUGAGGAGAAAUACAAGAAGUCUGGCAAUGUAGGCUCUAAAUUGACUAUUGAAGAGGCCACGUUCCGUGAUAUACAGGAGAAGAAAAUGGAAUUGCACCAGGCAAUAGUCAAAUUUGAAGAAGGCAAGCUUGAUGAUGGUGUUGUUAAGGAGCGCACUGAACACAUCCAAUCAGGCCUUGAGGAACUGGUUAGAAAUUUGAAUGAGCGCUGCAAACAAUAUGGAGUACGUGGCAAACCCACUACUCUGGUGGAACUUCCUUUUGGUUGGCAGCCUGGAAUCCAGGAAGGUGCUGCGGAUUGGGAUGAAGAAUGGGAUAAGCUAGAGGAGGAAGGGUUUGUCUUUGUGAAGGAGCUUACACUUGAUGUUCAAAACAUCAUAGCCCCUCCAAAGGAAAAAUCAUCGGCUUGGGAGAAAGAAAUUACUGCCUCUUCAAAUGAAGGUGAAGACAUUUCAUCCUCAGAUGUUGAGUCUAAAGCAGAGAAAAAGCCAAGCAGUGAUGAAGAGGCUUCUGAAAAGGAUCCAGCAUCUGCAGACGGUAAAAAGGAUAGAAACGGAUCUCUGGAUGACUCUAAUGUUAGAAAGGGUAUUGAAGCUGACGAUUCACCCCGAACCAAAGAUACGAGGAGUGAAAAUGGCCAUGAUGAUGGUGAAUCGACUGCUUCUACUGGCAAAACUGUAAACUAUGACUCUCACGAUGAGACGGAUUCAGUUUCAAGCUUCAACCCUGACAACGGAAAGGACAAGGAUCAUGAGAAGCAUGAUAGUGGCUUUGGAUUCGGGUUCGGAUUCGAUGACUUCAGCAUUAAGCCUAUAAAAACUGGCUCCACCCUAUCAAACGACUUCCUCCCUCCAAAGCUAUCUAUAUUUUCUGACUCUGUCUCAAGCCCGUCGGCAAAUGCAAACGACGGUUUCACUGCAAAACCUUCCUUGUUUGCUGAUUCAGUCCCUAGCACUCCAGCUACAACCACUGCCUCUUACUCAGGCAAUAAAUCGUACUUCGACGACUCGGUUCCGAGCACUCCUGCUUACGCAGGUAAAUCGUUCUUCGACGACUCGGUUCCAAGCACUCCUGCUUAUCCUGGAAACUUGUUUCCCGAAAAGAAAUCGUUUUUUGACGACUCUGUCCCAAGCACUCCUGCUUAUAGCACGUCUGAUUUUGGCGGGAAGCCGUUUGCAUCAGAGACUCCUCGUUCAGACAACUUGUUCCCAGGAAGAAGUCCCUUCAUGUUCGACUCUGUCCCGAGCACACCCGCAGCACACGAUGACUUCUCUUCCAACACCUUCUCUCACUUCGAUUCAUUCAACAGCAACAAUAAUGACGCUUUCUCUCUAUCACGCUCAGACUCGAUGCGCAGCACAAGCGAGCCAGACCCAUUCGCGUCCAGGUUUGAUUCAUUCAACUAUCAGAGAUACGAUUCCUUCAAUGCACAGAGCUACGAUUCAUCUAGCAACAACUACGCGGCCGAGACACCUAAAGCCUCGUUGACGAGAUUCGAUUCUAUUGGAAGUACUAGAGACUCUGAUUACAGUCACGGGUUUGGGUUUGAUGACCAUGACCCGUUCGGUUCUACCGGACCAUUCAAAACAACGACAAAUACAGCAGAGACACCACGUAGCUCUGAUCAUUGGAAUGCUUUUUAGCACCCCAAGCCCACGUGUGAUAAGUAUAUGAUCACAUAUUAUAUUGUUUGCUGUUUUUUACUACAGUUCGAACUUAGAGUUCUAUGUAUUUUUAUUUGUUUGGUUUGCCCUCUUCUGCUUGACUGCUUGUUUCAUUUUUUUUUUGUUAAUAUAUAUAGCAGUUCAUUUGCCAUUUUUCCCUUUUCAAGGAUUUUCUUUUUGUCGAGUGUCGUUUGAUCUCCCGAGUAGUGUUUUUCUUUGCUCUUCCUUUGUUAUGUGAUGAAUAAUGAAAAUUUUAUGUGUCCCGGUUAAACAUAAAUUGAAAUUG